AUGGCAACCGCCGUCAUGCAUAUGGAAUCUCACUCCAUGGUCUCCAGCUCUAGCUCCAGCUCAGUGCAGCACAUGUCUCGGACCACCACAAUUGUGGGAGAGGAGACGGUUUCAACUAGCAAGAGCUCUUCUGUUGUGGAGUCUUUCAGCAUGGUUUCCCACUCUGUCGAGAUACCUGCAGGGGAGAGCAUCCCAGAAUUUGUAGAGAAACCUCAUCCACUAACAGUCCCUGAAGGAGACAAAGCUGUAUUUCGAGCCAAAGUGAAAGGGAACCCAAAACCCAGUGUCGUCUGGAAAAGAGAAAGUGGGAUACCAAUCAAAGAAGGAUCAAAGAUGUUUUACGACAGCAUCAAUAAGGAGUAUGUCCUUAAGAUGGAAAACCUCCAUGCAGAUGAUGCAGACAAUUACAAGUGUGUUGUUUCCAAUGACCAUGCUGACCUCAUCUGUACUGUGUCCUUGACUAUAAGUGAAAGUGAAGAAAAGCUGGAUUUCAAAAAAAUGUUGAAGAAAAGGGGGCCUCCGGCUCAAAAGAAAAAAGAGAAGAGGGUGGUUAAUGAGAAAGAAAUGCUGGAGAUUCUCUCCAAGGUGCCCAAGAAGGACUUUGAGAAGGUCUGCAUGGAAUACGGCUUCACAGAUUUCCGAGGACUUCUUAAAAAGCUGAAGGAGAUGAAGAAAAAAGUAGAAGUUGAGGCAGUAAAAAUUCUGAAGCCUCUGGAGGAUGUUUCUGCUAAGGUGGACUCUACAGCAAUAUUUGAUUGUAUUUUAGAACUGAGGGAUGCCAAUACAAAGAUGACAUGGAUCAAGGGUGAUGAACCUUUGCGUUUUCAGUAUUCCCUAGGAAAAUACGAAGCAAAGCAGAUGGGCACUAAGUAUAUGCUCUACAUCAGCAAUGUGACUGAAGCUGACAUGGGCACAUACAGUCUUCAUGUGGGAGAUAAGCAUCUCUCUGCACGGUUGAAAGUAAUAGAUGAACCCCUGAAGUUUUUGGCAGACCUGAAACCUUUGAAAGUAAAUGAGCGGCAGACUGCUGUGUUUGAGAUCCGCCUUUCCAAAAAGGUGCCCAACUUUGCUUGGAAGUUCAAUGGGAGAGAGCUGAAGCGCGAUGACAAGUAUGAGAUCAUCUCGUCAGAGGAUGGCUUAACUCACACACUGAAAAUUAAGGAUGUCCGUCCAAGUGAUGUGGGUGCUGUCACUUUCGAAGCUGGAGAUCUCACGACUCAGGCUGAUCUUUCCAUUCAGAGAACACCAAUUAAGUUCGUCAGAAACUUGAAGAAUGUUCGAGUCAAGGAGAAGGGCAAAGCUUGCUUGGAAUGUGAGCUGACCACUAAAGAUGUUACCUUGAAGUGGCUGAGGAAUGGACAUGAGAUUGCGAGGACUAACAAGCAUACCAUGACCCAUGAAGGGAAGACGGCAGAGCUGAUCAUCGACGAUGCUCAGUUUGGUGACUCAGGAGACUACAUGGUGGUUGCCAUGCAAGAAAAUGACCCCACAGAGUACUACAGCAGUUGUGUUGUUACUGUAGAAGAGAGAUUUGCCACAGUAAAGAGUGGCUUAUCAGAUGUCCAGGCUCCAACAGGGGAUCCAGUAGAGCUUUCUGUUGUCCUGAAUGAUGAGAAGGUGGAAGGCGUUUGGCUGAAGGAUGGUAAAGAGAUUACAGAUAUGAGAGGAAUCCAAAUUGUCAAGCAAGGGGCUGUCCACAAGCUGAUCAUUGACAAGCUGGGAGAGGACACUGAAGGAAAGUACACUUUCAGAGCAAAAGGGGCAGAGAGUGAGGCCACUGUCAGUAUUGCAGAUCCCCCUUUUAUUGAUCCAUCUGUGCUGGAAGCUUUAGCUGCUCACCCAGUGACAGUGAAAGCAGGACAGACAGCCUACAUCAAAGUACCAUUCAGGGCCAAGCCCCUGCCCAAAGUCACCUGGUUCAAGGAUGGUAUUGAGGUGACCGAAGAAGACAGAAUAGAAUUCGAAAGGACCCAUGACCAAGCACUGCUCACAAUCAAGAACUGUGUGAGGGAAGACAGCGGUGCUAUCUUGCUGCGGCUGAAAAGUGAUUGUGGCACAGCCACUGCUCAACUGCACCUCAAUGUUCUUGACAAACCAAAACCACCACAAGGGAAAGUUGAAUUCCUGGAGAAGUCUGGGAAGUGUGUCAAAAUGAAAUGGAAAGCACCCAAAGACAAUGGGGGCAAGCAGGUGACCCACUUCAUUAUUGAGCGGAAGAUGGUUGGGAAAAAAUCCUGGACCAAGAUUGGAGAGAUUGACAGCAAACACACCACUUUUGCCACAGAUAAGGUAGAAGAGGGAAAACCCUAUCAGUUUCGGAUCCUGGCUGUCAAUGCUGAGGGUGUGAGUGAGCCACUAGAGUCGGAAGAAGUCUUUGCUGGGGAUCCUAUUGAUCCCCCAGGUCAGGCGUCUCAACCUCAAGUUACUGAUGUUACGAAAGACGCGAUUACUAUUACCUGGAGUCCUCCAGCUAAAGAUGGUGGCUCUCCAGUAAUGGGGUAUGUUGUGGAAAGGAGGAAGAAAGGCAGCAACCUUUGGGUCCCAGUGUCCAAAGAGCUCAUUCAAGAUACGAAAUGCAAAGUGGAUGGCUUAUUGGAAGAUACAGAAUACGAGUUCCGUGUCAUAGCUGUGAACCGAGCGGGGCCUGGGCAACCUAGCAGUGCUUCCAACUCAGUUGUGGCAAGAGAUCCCAUCAAGCCUCCUGGACUGGUGAAAGAUUUGCAUGUAGCAGAUUCUUCCAACUCCAGCAUUUCCUUGGCCUGGCAGCAGCCAGAGGAAGGUGAUCCGCCGUCAGGAUACAUCCUGGAGAUGCGAGCUGAAGAUACCAAGGAAUGGUCCAAGUGCACCAAGAUCCCAAUUUCUGGCACCAACUAUACAGUGGGAGGACUGCAGGAGAGGCAGAAAUAUUUCUUCCGGAUUCGAGCCGUGAAUGAAGCUGGAGUAGGAGAACCCAUUGAGUUAAAGGAUGGAGUUCUGGCCAUGCCCCCUCCAGCUGCUCCGAAGUUUGAUCUGAGUGCCAGGCUGAAGAGUCACAUGGUUGUUCGUGCUGGGACUGCCCUCUGCAUUCAUGCCUCUUUCACUGGUUCCCCUCCGCCAAAUGUGGUGUGGCAAAAGGAUGGUAAUACCACAAGGGGAAGAGAGAGCAUCACUAAAGGCAAGAACCACUCCCAGUUCCUCAUCAGCAGCACCAAACGCAUGGAUACUGGACUCUACCGUAUUGUACUCAGCAAUGACUAUGGAGAAGCCCACUACGACAUCCAUGUGCAAGUGACAGAUUUCCCAAGGCCUCCUACUAACCUGAACCUGUACGAAGAGGUGCCAAACACUGUGUCACUGAAAUGGGAUCACUCUCCAGACAUAAAGGAGGAUGGAGGUGCCCAUUACGUCAUCUUGAAACGCGACACUAGCACAGCCACCUGGUUCACGGCUGCAGAGAAAGUUUAUAGCAACAAGUACACUGUCACGGGCCUGCUUCCUGGCAGGAAAUAUUUCUUCCGGGUUAUUGCCCGCAAUGAAGUUGGUGACAGUGAUCCUCUAGAUUCAAAGGAUUCCUGGCAUAUCAACAAAGACAAAGAACUUUUCCAUGCCAAGAUAAAAGAAUAUCAUGAGCGAGACUGGCGCCAUGCCCCCCGUUUCAUUACCCCACUGAAGAAUCAUGCCGUGUGCCGGGGCCAUGAUUGCACCAUGAGCUGCGCUUUCCUGGGAAACCCCCGCCCUGUGGUUACAUUGUACAAGGGUCAAAUCAACAUCACAGCCAAUUCCAAGUUCUGGUACAACUCAACUAGUGGCGUCUGCACACUGAUGAUCCCCACUUGCACUGCCAAAGACACAGGAGAGUACACCAUAGUGAUUGAGAAUGAGCUUGGGCAGGAAAAAUGCAGUUGCAUAUUGACGGUGUAUGAUAAAGAUGAUAGAAGCCUCCUGGAAUCAGUGACUGAGAGCCUGCAGAAGUCAAAACACCUCAUGUGAGCAACACACAAAAACCAAUUUUAAAGUUGGCUGAGUGUUCAGAAUAAUUAUAGUUGCUGUGCAUGGCUUUAAGUACCACAACUGUGUUAUCACUUGUAGUCAUUUAGCCUAAAGAUGCUGCUGCAGGAUUCAUUAAAGGCUGCCUUCAAAGCUUCAUAAUGGCAGAUAUGGUUGCCAAUACUUUUCAGAGAACUUGGAAAUAAAGGAAGAUCCCAAUAGAACUGCUUGUUUUUAUUUAUUC